CCCAUAGAUGAAAGCGCGUGAACAGGCGAUACAGGAAAUUACAAUUCGCAAGAACUAGAAACAACUUGUCAAGAAGAUUUUCGAUGACCAUUCAUGUUGGAUUAAAUCUUAAUUAAGCGUCCAGCACUGCAAACCAACUAAAGUAUUGUUUAUUUGACGUUUCGGUUCCGCAGGUGAACUCGUUUUUUCUAAUCAACUUGUUUUGUAAUGCUGGUGGAUAAGGGAGCUUCCUUUUUGUCAAUAAUGUUCAUGUGUAACGUUACAGGAUUCAAAUAAAUGGAUCGUUAUGCCAGUGGUUACAUCAUGAUUGGAGGAGGGCAGUGCUAGUGAGGUAUGCUGGAGAGGUCCUGUUUGUGUGUCAGCCAGCAGGAUGAGUGUGUCUGACGGUGUGAUAGGAGCGGCCAGCCUGGACGUAGAUCAACAACAGCAGCCGCAGGCCGUCUUCCUCCAGAUCUACCCACGUCUGUCCCAGGACAAAACAGCAUGUUGUACUCUCCAGGUCAGCCCAGGGGCCACAGCGGCCAUGGUUAUCCAGAAAGCAGUGGCCACUCUGGGCCUGGACAUGACCAGUCCGUACGCCUUGCUGGAAGUCAGGCAGGCUGAAGGGGAGGAGAGGAGGCUAGGAGACACUGAGAUGCCUGUGGAGAGGGUGUUGCUUUGGCCCCCAGGGGCCAGAAAACGGCAUCCCCGGGAGAAGGGGUAUUACUUCAUCCUCCAAGCCCAGGGAGGUGCAGGGGCUCUGGGGUCAGAGACGGAUGGUGGUGGGGUACCUUCAUUAGAGGAAUAUGAUGACUUGUGCAGCCUCUCCACCCUGACCGAGGACACUAUCCUGGCCACCUUACGCCUGCGCUUCUACAAACACAACAUCUACACGUACGCCAGGGGCAUCCUGGUGGCAAUUAACCCAUUCAAAUUCCUGCCCAUCUACAACCCUAAGUAUGUCAUGAUGUACAACAACCAGCCACUUGGAAAAUUAAGCCCUCACAUCUUUGCAGUGGCGGACAUGGCAUACCACACCAUGCUGAAACAUCAGGAGAACCAGUGUGUGGUGAUAUCAGGGGAGAGCGGAUCAGGGAAGACCCAGAGCACCAACUUCCUUAUACACUGUCUGACGGCGUUGGGUCAGAAGGGCUACAGCAGCGGGGUGAAGAGAACCAUACUGGGAGCUGGGCCUGUGCUGGAGGCGUUUGGCAACGCGAAGACGGCACAGAACAACAACUCCAGCCGCUUUGGGAAGUUCAUCCGGGUCAACUAUCUAGAGAGUGGGGUGGUGCGAGGGGCGGUAGUUGAGAAGUACUUGCUGGAGAAGUGUCGACUGGUGUUCAGAGCUAAGAAUGAAAGGAACUACCAUGUGUUCUACUACCUGCUGGUGGGAGCAUCCACGGAGGAGCAGAGAGAGUUCAGUCUGCUGCAGCCUGAAGACUACACAUAUCUACAACAGGAGUCCUUUCAUUUAGAAGACGCUGAGAAUCUCAGACAUGAGUUCGAGAGGCUUCAUCAGGCCAUGGAGAUGGUGGGAUUCCUGCCCUCCACUAAGAAACAGAUAUUUUCCAUGCUCUCUGCCAUCCUGUAUCUGGGCAACGUGACGUACACCCAAUCAGAAGACGGCCAGGGGCUGGAAGCGGGGCCAGCAGAUGUCCUCUCAACCCUGUCUGACCUGCUCAAGGUCAAACAGGAGUUGCUGGUGGAGGCUUUGACCAAGAGGAAACAAACAACAGCCAAUGACAAAUUAGUGUUACACUACACUCUCAAAGAAGCUGUGACAGCGCGGGACUCCAUGGCCAAGUCUCUGUACAGCGCUCUGUUUGACUGGAUUGUCCUGCACAUCAACCACGCUCUGCUCAACAGACGAGACAUGGAGGAGGCCAUCUCUUGUUUGUCCAUAGGUAUUCUGGAUAUAUUCGGUUUUGAGGAUUUCCAGACGAAUAGCUUUGAACAGUUCUGCAUCAACUACGCCAACGAGAAACUACAGUAUUACUUCAACCAGCACAUCUUCAAGCUGGAGCAGAAAGAGUACCAGGCUGAGGGGAUCAGCUGGAAUACCAUAGACUACACGGACAACCUGGGCUGUAUCCAUCUGAUCAGCCAGAAACCCACUGGGCUUUUCCACCUACUGGAUGAGGAGAGCAAUCUCCCUCAGGCCACGGAUGACACUCUGCUGAACAAGUUCAAGCAGCAGCAUCAAGACAACCCGUACUUUGUCCCCACCGUAGUGAUGUUACCAGCCUUCGUCAUCCAACACUUCGCUGGGAAGGUCAAAUACCAGAUCAAGGAUUUCCGGAAGAAGAACACGGAUCACAUGCGUCCGGACAUCGUGGCAUUGCUACGUAGCAGCGAGCGGGCAUUCAUGCGUCAGCUGAUUGGGUCAGACCCGGUGGCAGUGUUCCGAUGGGGCAUCCUCCGGGCCACCAUACGCAUCAUAGCGGCCUUCAACAAGGCCGGAAGCCGCCGGGCAGUCCCAGGUCUGGUGGAACGCACCUCCCGUCGGUCUAUAGGGGAACUGAAGAGGAGGCCGAGCUCGGCUCUGCAGAGACUGUCCAGCCACAGCUCCCAACUGGACUUCUCGUUCGAUCGGUCCGAUGACAAUCCUCUGGAGGUGAUCGAGGACAUCUUUGCCAACUACGAGAAAAAGAAGAAGAGCAAGGCCAGCAAGCACAAGCAGCUCAUUCCUACGAAUCUGAUGAACACUCGGUCCCUGAAGCACAUCGUCGGCCUGACGCUCCAUGACCGCGCCUCUCGCUCUCUGCUCCACCCACAUCAGAGGAAGAAAACACCCAGCAUCAGCGCUCAGUUCCAGGCGUCUCUCAAUAAGCUGCUGGAGACUGUGGGGAAAGCAGAGCCUUUCUUCAUCCGCUGUAUCCGUUCCAAUGCUGAGAAGAAGGAGAUGCUGUUUGACAAUGCUCUGGUGCAACAGCAGCUGAGGUGCACAGGCAUGUUGGAGACGGUACGCAUCCAGAAGUCUGGCUACAACGCCAAGUUCACCUUCACAGAGUUCCUAGAGCAGUUCAAAGUGUUGCUGCCUAAAGAAGCCACCACAGCACCAGAGGACAUAGCUAACCUUCUGCAGAAGAUGGGUCUAGGACAGAGCACGUACCAGAUUGGGAAAACCAAGGUGUUCCUGAAGGAGAGGGAGAAGCAGCAUCUCCAGGACACCCUGAACAAGGAAGUGAUGCGUCACAUCGUCAUCCUGCAGCGCUGGUUCAGGGCCUGUCUCAGCAGGAGCCACUUCCUCUACAAGAAAGACGCCGCCAUCAGAAUACAGCGAUGUUGGCGUGCGUUCCGGGCGGACACCAGAUGCCGUGCGGCCACAGUGAUCCAGGCAGCGUGGCGAGGCUCUCGGAAGAGGAUUGACUACCUGAGAAAGAGGAACAGCAUCAAGAAGAUGCAGACACUGCUCAGGAACAAACGAGGUCCAAACAGCUCAAUGGCUGAGGUAGAGAAGCCCACAUCUCCCCAGCUACCUUCCAAGCCCCAGCCCCCGCCCAAGCUGCAGCCCAAGCACCAUACCCAGCACCAGAGAAGCCUGGAGAGGAAGGAGCUGAGGAGGCAGCACAGUUUGGAACCAAGCCCCAAUAGGAGCCUCCACCCAGGCCCAGAGGUUAACAGACAGCAGGCUACCCAGAGGAACACAGAAUCGAAGAAGAAAGAGGGUAGAGGCUUUCCACCUCUCAGCAGACCUCUCUCCCUUCCCCUAGACCUCAAGGAUUGCAGGGAUGGAGAGGGGGCGCUCACCAGCCUGUCCCCUUACACAGGCACCCUGGAGCGCUACUCCCACUUGGAAGAUAUCAAGGAGCAUGCAAAGAGGUGGAAAAGCAGGAGGGAGGGAAGACAUCCGGAGGACUCCAGCCCUGAGAUCCAGCGGCCCAGGGAUAAACGCAUGGCGGGGUUGCUGCUGAACCGAGGGAAGUCUAUCUCGCUGGACAACGUGUCCAAGCUAAGCUCCUCAGGGUCAGGCUCGGACAGCUCUUCCUCCAUUACUGAGGUCAGGGUGCGCUCCCGCAAGCUGCCCAAUCACAAGCGGAGGUUAGCCUACGCCCGCAGCGGGCUGAUGUUUAACCUUAAGGGGUCCCAGGAGAGCGAGUUUUGGAGCUUCCCCCUCCCCCCCAUGAGCCCCUCACCGGGGGUCAGUGGCAUGGGCCAGUCCAACCAAUCAGAAGUCAACAUCUGUCCACGCAAACCUGAGGUCCAGUUUCAGAAAUCUUCAGAUAUUACCACGGAUGUUGGAAGGUUCAGCCUCCCAGCCAGGAGUACCAAUGAGAGCCAGGAGUACCAAUCAAUCAUCAAAGACUACAGUCAAUCCCAACCGGCCACACUUGAGAGGCUUGGAUUUUUCAGUAAGAUUAGGAAGAAAUGGCCCAAUAGAGAGGCUCAGCCACCUGAGUACGGGAAGGGGACUAAUGCGAAUACACAAUCUGAAAAAGAAGCCAUCUCUCCAUACUCCUACCCCUUGUCGUGCGAGGGCAGCGGGCAGCCUCAAAACCCCACCAUCAGGAUCAGCCAAGCCUCGAGAGUUUCUGAGAAGUGGAAUGCUUCUCUGGAACGGGAGAUCACCAACACCAACGAGCUCCGAAACCUGGACGAGUUCCUGGGGAACCAGGUAAAUGAGCUACGUACAAGGGCGAAGGAGCUGUCAGCGACAGAGAGCAUCUUCCUCACAGCCACCAUGCAGUUCAGAGAGACCAUCAAGGGCAUGUACUCCGUCUCGAAGCCCCACAUUAGCUACAAGGGCUUGAUGAAGGGCUACCAGAACCGGGUGUCCAGUCUUGCCGAAGCCAAGCAGCAGACUGAGGUCCAGUCGGUGGUCAACCUGUUCCAGUCCGUCCUGGAUGGCUUCAUACGGGGAGAGAUCAAACGAGCGGAGGCUGGGCCGGUCAAGACCAUGAAAAAGACAAAGAUGAAAGGGAAAAAGAGCAAAUGUCCCAACAGCCCUCUAGAUCACAUGUUCAGUACGUACCAGGUGAACAUCAUGCAGACCUGUGACCUGUGUGGUUCCUACAUCUGGGGCAUGGAGAAGGCCUACAUGUGCAGCGCGUGCAAAUUAAUAUGUCACAAGAAAUGCCUCUCCAAAAUCAUCAACGCUUGCUCAACACGAUGCGCCAGGCUGGACGAUGGGGUACCAGGCCAUCUGCACUUUGGGGUAGAGGUGUGUGUUCUGACCAGUAAGACCUACCCAAUCCCUAUGGUGGUACAGAUGAUGCUGGAGCAUGUGGAGAUGAACGGCCUGUACACAGAGGGCAUCUACCGCAAGUCUGGCUCUGCCUGCCGCGCCAGGGAACUGCACCAGCUACUGGAGACCAACCCAGAGAGGGCAACUCUUGAGAACUACUCCAUCCACACGGUGACAGGUCUGGUGAAACGCUGGCUCAGAGAGCUGCCUGAGCCCCUCCUUACCUUCAGCCUCUACAACGACUUCCUGCACGCUGUGGAGUUGCCAGAGCAAUCUGAACAGCUGCGUGCGGUCUACCAGAAACUGGACGACCUCCCCCCUUCUAACUUCAACACGCUGGAGAGGCUGGUCUUUCACCUGGUCAGAGUGGCAAAGGAGGAAGAGCACAACAGGAUGUCUGCUAACUCCCUGGCCAUAGUGUUUGCCCCCUGCAUCCUGCGAUCCCCUGACACCACAGACCCUUUCCUUAGCAUGAAGGACAUCUCCAAGACAACCACGUGUGUAGAGAUCCUGAUCUUAGAGCAGCUUAGACGGUACACUGAGAAGAUGCAGGAGAUCACACAGCUGGAAUUCGCUGAGGCCCUGGCCGUCAACAAGCUGAUGCUCAAGAGACAGAACACUAUCUUAGAGAAACCUUCAUCAGAGCUGGACGUACCUCAAAUGGAUGAUCUUAACCGGUCGGAUAUAGACAUGAACUCAGAGAGGACCCUCAUCGAGAGGAUCAAAUCCAUCAAACAGGAGAAGGAGGAACUGGCGUGCAGCUUGCCAGAGUUGGAGCAGGAGAACUUUGACGACUCAGAGUCCAGAUUGUCGUUGUCUAUCAGCUCAGAGAGCCUGCUGGAGGAUAGAGUGAGAAGCCUAGAGUCAGAAGGCAGAGUGAACCUGUUGUGGAGGAGCCAGGGGCAGGAGUGCCCUCCUAAGCCUGCUGACCUGGCCCAAAGAACUACAGCCACAGGCCACAGAGACCAACCAGAUGGACAUAACCCCCAGCCCAACACCAAGGCAAGGAGCAGGAACCUCUCAGACCUGGACAUCCCCUUCAUAGAUGAGGAGGACUAGUCUGGGUGCCAGUCUGUUUUUGUUACAUAUUGAAUUGUCAUUUCAGACAAUUGCAGUCAACUUGAGAACUAGAAAUACCUCUGAAAUACAGGAGUAAUCAGUGGAGCUGUAUUGUGGCACCACAAACAAGAACCAUGCACUUUCUGUACAUUUUUCUACGUGUGUGUGUGUGUGUGUGUGUGUGUGUGUGUGUGUGUGUGUGUGUGUGUGUGUGUGUGUGUGUGUGUGUGUGUGUGUGUGUGUGUGUGUGUGUGUGUGUGUGUGUGUGUGUGUGUGUGUGUGUGUGUGUGUGAAAUGACCAAAGCGGUUGUGGUUUUCUAAUGGGGAAACAUAAUGGAAUAACACAAGACACAGUGCAGUCUAUUGUACCAAUACAUCAUGAACCAUAAAGGCUGCGUUUACACCGGCAGCCUAAUUCAGAUUUUUCUCCUCAUUAAUUGGUAUUUUGCCCAAAACUGCACUGCUUGUGUAAACACAGCCCAAGUAAAGAGAUGUGCCUUUGAUUUUAGCCAUAUACAUUCUCAUAUUAUUUUAAAGCAAAGUAUUUUGGAUGUGUCUUGCCUGUGGACAAUACUGUAACGAGGACCAAAUCAUUUUAAUAUUUUAUACCAAGUGCCUUUUUUGUAAUGGACUACUAAUAUGCCACUUAGCUUGGCUUUUUCUUUUUCUGGUACUGUGUGAAAUAAGUUGUUAUUUUAUUGAUUAAUAAUUAACGUAAAACUAAUGCAAGAUUGUAUUUAGGGUUAUUAGUGGGCGUAUAUGUUUUUUCCCUGUUUUUAUGUAAAAGUGAGGGAUAUAAAGCCACUGUGCUUUACCAGUAUUUCCACCAUUAUCCUACACUAGUGUUGCUGCAGGUAGAAAAUCCUUGGGAAACUUCUGUAAUUGAAACAAGCUGUCUCCAAUCAAUGUGUGUGGUUGUGCCUGUGUGUUUGGCGGGGGAUCAUCUGAUUCAGGGGAGGCGUAGGUCUGUGAAUAUUAAAUCGCACAAAAACUAUUAUUUAGCAGGGAAUACUAUUCUACGCCUCACUUUUGUUUAAGAAGAUACUCUCCAAUGGACUCGGAAGUUGUUGCUAAAAAUGAGUAAAUUAAGGGCAGUUAAAAGGGAGAGUCAAUGAGUAUGUUUACAUGCUCACUAAUAAUUUGAUAUUAAACUGAUAAUUGCAGUAGACCGAGUAUGCAUUAGUCACGUAAACGCCUUAUUCUGCUUAUCUUAAUAGCUGUGUGGUCAUAAUCAGAGUAAACAUACGCUGAUUAAAACACCUGGUUUUCUGAGCAAUCUUUCCGAAUUAUAAGAGCCUUCAUCUGAGUUACAAUAACGGCAUUGUAAAUAAGAAUUUGUUCCUAACUGACUUCCCUAGUUAAAUAAAUCAAAAAUGUGAUCUGUGCAUGUGCUAGCACCAACAACGCAAGUUUGAGUUCGGAAGAACUGAAAGUAUGCAUCUUAGACAGGUUUUACAUAUAAACUUUAUAUGUCCAAACUCCGAAUCAAAUAGGAUUCCCAAAAAGAAGAUGGUUGCUGUAGUAGAACAUUUAUUUUGAUUUGGCGAUCGUUCUCGCAAAGCAUGUAAACGCUUUAAUCAAACUAUUACAUUAAUCUGACUUACAAUAAUCGUAUUGUUGUGUGCCUGUAACCGUACCCAAUGAAACCAACCAUGGAAGUAUAUUGUAGUGAACUUGAACCCGGGUCCAGCAACUGUCAAGCCAACACCUUAACUGUUUUUUCUAGUUGCAGCAACACUAGUGGAUAUUGGUGGACAUAAAUUGUGAUGUAAAGAAAAGUUCUUUCAAGUUUCUCUCAGUUGGAGUAGGCUAGAAGGACACAGCUUUGAAGGAAGUAGUGGUCGUCCCGCCUCGCUGCCUCCUAAUAGAUUGAUUGACUACCUGCCUGCUCAGAACGUCUUUUUGUACAGUACUUUACCAAGUAUCACAAAUUCAUCCAUUUUAGCAUGUCUGUGUAUUAUGAAUGGGGUAAUUCAGAAUUAUAUACAUUUUGUUUGCAAUCCUUAUUGUGUUUUGUAUUUCAACGAAAUAAACAGACAUUUCAGUGUUGG